AUGUCACAGACACCGAAACCCGUCAUUUACAUGUACCGCCAACCAUGUGCUCGGUGUGCCACUUGCUGUCAGCUUCGUCUUCACUACCAACCUCUCAUCUGGCUCUCUUCCUGUGUCUACCUCUACCUCUACGCUCCUUUCCUCACAUGGAUACGACUACCAUGCACUUCUAGCGGGGCUUAUGCCCUCACAAGAAUGGUUAACAACGGGCGUCGACUUGCUUGCCAGGAAUUAUCUGCGCCUGGAUUUGUUAGCAUCAUCAACCGGCGGGGCUGCGCGAUCAUCGAAUAUUUUUUAGGCCACGUGAACCGAGCCCGCUGCAUGGAAACCACCGGUGUCCGUCUGCAAGAAUUCAAAGUCAAGGAGUUUGGGCAACGUGUCCCCGAGCCCAGUCCCCAAUUGAGCUGGUUCUCAAACAGGAAAGCUUCUCACGCAGUCCACCCGCCCUCUUCUCUCCCCGUCACCUCCCGCCCACUAUGGCCACGUUUUUUUAAGGGAAGACAGGUGCAAAAACCGAUUGAAACAGACACGAGAGCCGCUUCCUUGCAAAUAAUAGGGGCAUGGCUUCUUGACCGUAGCUCUGCAGCCAAGAAAAAUCCCGAAAAGGGUUCGGAAGGGGCAAUAAGUGAGGAAGCCUGGUCCUGGGCAGUUUUCAGCGCGCCUGAUUUGGGGACCAAGCCACAGCUAUACCUUGGAUGGAAUCCAGAUGCAUGGGAAGGUUUCUAUGAGUGUCGCCAUGAAGGAAAGUGCUCGUGGAGAUGGCCAGGAGGGACUGCUGGAUGAUACCGCUAACAAUAAAAGAUCAUCAGCCCAAGAACCAGCCCGAUCAAAACAAUAUCGUCGGUUGACAAGAAAAAGCCGUCAACUAUUCGGUUUCAUCAAGGUAAUCAAGCCACAGAGCACGAACCUCAGCCACGUGGAAAGAUCCUCUCGAGUUAACGACGGCUGAGUAUGGAAGUGUUCGGGAGUCAGUGAAACAGUAGAAGUAAUUUCUACGGGGUGAAGUAG